AUGGAGCAACUGACUACCGACAAUGGCCAGCUGUCGGUGAAGGAAAAUGCGGAACGCAUGAUGCUCCGUUUCGACGCGAUUGAUGAGCUCAUGCGGUGCAGCUCCGAUGACGAGCAGGCCGCCAUCACAGCACACCUCAACGGGGGGGUGGACCUGCACAGUGUUCUGGUGCGACACGAGACGGAGCUUUCUGCGCUGCGUGAGGACUUCAUUGCCGCCCAUGUAGAUGAGGCAGAGAGCAUCUGUACCCUGUACAUGGAAAUUGUGGAGUGUGAGAAUAAGUUGGUAGAGUUUGAAGAGGAAAUUAUUGCUUUUCAGCGUCGUUUAGCCGAUUCCGCAGAAGACAUGGUAAAGAUGCAGCAACAUACCGUGUCCCUUGUGCGUAGCAUCAACAAUCGCCGCCUCUGCAGCAGCAGGCUGAGCGAGGUUUACACCGCCUUGCGGGAGUGUGAUGCCUUUUGUGGUGCUAUUGCCCAGAAGGAGGUGGAUUUGAGUUACUUGGAAAACAUCUCGGAGUUGGAGAGGCAGUUGACCUUCUUCUUGUCGAAUAAAGAGCUGGAGGGGUCGGCAGUGGACUUGGAAACACGACCACGUUUACACGCAGCCGCUGUGCGAGCUGGUGAUAAGCUGCAGCGAUAUUUUAGCAAAGAAUUUGUUGCACUGGCUGCGGCAGACGAUCUGGCUAGCGUUGGGAGCCAGCAGCGGUCAUUGGUGGAAACAGCUCAAAAUGCCAUCAAGUUCCUAAAGAAAUACCAUCAACCUAUUGCCGAGGCGAUUUCUCAAGAAUACGCAAAACGCAUGUCUGACGCUUUUGCUCGCCAUGUUCGUGCUGUGUUGCACGAUUUUGGUGAACUGUGUGUGGUGAAUGCCGGUAGCAUUGACACCAUCGUCACGGCGGAUGACGCGCAUGAUGUGGUGUGCAAUCGGGACUCCGGUGCUCCCAAAGGAAACCAUGUUACGGUGGCGCCACAGGCGCUAAGAUUUCCCGUGCAUCCGUUUCCGCGCCGUGAGCGCAGUGUUUCACAGCACAUGCGUAAUUUUGCGGGUCGCAUGCUGAAAUCUGAACGAUCCAUGAUUAUUCGGGAGACGACAAUUUACGAUACAGUCUCGGCGUUGGGCACAAUACGGGUUCGAAACGAAUCCUUUUCCCUGGAAGCGGCCGCGGCGCUUCCACUGGAAAACGCGGGUAAUUGGUCAUGCCAUUUUCUUCGCUGCAUGCACCUGCUCGUUAAACUUUGCAUCUCAGAAUGCCAGUUCAUCCGUCAGUUCUUUUGCCUCUCUGCAACGGAGGACGAUUACGACGGGACGGAGGCGCUCGUGCGUGUCGUGCUGUCGAGCGCACUCGACGUCGCCCAAAAUAGCAUUCUGGAGGAUCUGCCGCUGUUGACAGACCGUCAAAGUACCCUUGCUGGUCUUCGCAUUGUUGACAUUGCCAAAACGUUUCUUUGUCGUUUGCCGAAUCCCGUCCCUCUUCUUCUUCUUAGCGGCAUCAUGGAGUCUGCUAAAAGAAUAUUGUCCGGCACACUGCACAGCGUUGUGGCAAAUGACGAGAGAUCAACUCUGUUUCUAACGUCAUUGCGAUUGUCGCCCUUUCAGCUUGUGCUGGGCGGUAGUAAAGUGAGCUUGAGCAAACUUCUGGAGGACCGUCAGUACGCCGCCACACUCGGUCCCCACCCCAUCGUGCGACGGUUCAGUCAGAUUGCAGGGGAAAUGGAGCUCCUGAACUCCGCCUCUCUUGAGGGAUCCAUGGUGAACGGUGUGGAUCUUUUGCUGUAUGAUUCCGUCGUCGCUAAUGCUCUUUACCGUGAACUCGAAAAUGUCCUUGGGUUUAUCGCUACACUUGCAAAACGACACAAGAGCUCAUUGGCGCAGCGCAUGUUUGCUCUUAACAAUUAUUUUUACAUACAGGCAUAUUGGCGUCGACUGGCUAGUAUUUUAGCCUCUGUAGUGGCGGUGGAGCAGUUGCCAUGUGCUGCGCCACCUGCGCAUGUUGGCUGCAUCAGUAGCCGGAUUUCCAAUGAGCUGGCGCGUUUUGUGGAAGAAGACUCAAAGGCAGGCGGAAUCUAUGGUUACUUGUUUGACUUCGUCCAGGUCGCCGAGGCCGCGUUGGGAAGUGCCUUUUUUACCGAUGAAGUUCCGCUGGAACUCCCCUCAGACGCACUGCCAGCUGCUCUGAGCGAGGCCGCAACGCUGCAGGCGGUUUCCGACUUCAGCCAGAGUUGGCAGAUGCAGUUGUCAGAGACCUGCACACUUGUGCGGCGAGUUGUCAGCUGGACCUUCACAAACGCGGCGGCGGCGGUGCAGGACGAGGCUGCGUUGGACUCCAGCAAGGAGCUAGAGGAGCUUAUCCUCAAGGAGUACACGCAGGGCGUGGUGGAGGCCAACACGAAGUUGCAUGUGGUUGUCACGCGCCUCUUCGGAAAGCAUAGCGAGAUGCGCGCGCGGCUGACAAGCAACGCGACAGUUCUGCAUGAAGUGAAAAAAUUGCUUCUGACUUGA